ACAAAUAUUAGUUAGAAUUGAAUAUAUUUAUGUAUAUAUUUACGUAUUUUAUAAAAAUUUUGGUUAAUAUAAUUAUAUAUCAAUAUUUAAGAUGUUAAUUAUGCAGAAGAUUUUAAUGGUGAUUACUUUAUUAUUAUUUAAUUUUCACGAAGUUAUUCCUUUGCAAUCUCAAUCAUUUUCUUCUAUUGUUAUUAUGGCAAAUUAUACAGUAUAUCAAUUUGCCAUAAAUAUUAAUGUUGAAUAUGUAUUUUUAUAUCCUAUUAAUAAUGUAACUUCAAUGGAAACUGUAAGAAUAGAAGUUGAAAGCAAUGCUACAAGUAAUCUACCUCUUAUAGUAGUUGUUCGUCAAAAAAAAGAAUUCUUAUCAUGGCAAAUCCCUCUUAUAGUGAAGAGUAUGUAUUUUAAUAAUUCAGAAUAUAAUAAAACAAGUAGAACUCUAUGUUCAACCAAUUAUAAUCUCAAUGGAUUAAAACAGGAAAAAGAAUUUAUGAUUAUUAGUAUAUCCACUACUAAUCACCAAAAUAUUUCAUUUAUACUUAAUGUGACAAAAGAACAUAAUUUUUAUUUAAGUACUGGAGAAAACAAAACUGUAGAAAUUUCACCAUCUCAACCUAUUUAUUAUGGUUAUACUUUCUCAGGACAAGUAGAAAAUUCUUCUGUAAUUGUUCAUGUCAAGUCUGAUAGUGAUAUUUGUAUGACUGUUUCAAUACAAAAUAUAUCAUGUCCUGUGUUUGAUUUAGAGAGGAAUAUUGAAUUUUCUGGAUAUUGGCAAACUAUAAUUCGACAGGGUGGUAUAACUGUGCCAAAAGAAGAAUUUCCAUUAGGCUUCUUUGUGGUACUUGUAGUAAAAAGUGAUGAUACUGAUUGUUAUGGAACUCCUACUAUGAUUCCUUCACGGAAUAAACAAGUGAUAUUAACAAUAAAUGCUAGUAUUACCAAAAGAGAUUAUAUUAUUGCUUCAGGAAUAGUUGUAUGUGUUAUUUUUAGUUUUUGUAUUACCUAUGUUGUGAGCACUGUGAUAUCAAAAAUUAAAAGAGAUAGACAAAUGAAAGAAGAGAUAUUAAAUCAAGAAUCAGAACAUAUUAAUGAACCUAUACCAAGUCCUUCAACAAUAGAAGAGUCAGGACCAGUAUCUAUAGAUGAUGAUUCUUCACUGGAUGAGGAUGAUAUUGAUAUGAUGGAAGAUGCUCUUUCUGAUAAGGAAAUAAUACGAACAAAACUUGUACUUUCUGUUUGUGAUUUGGCUCGUAAAGAUCCAAAAAUUCUUAGGCAUAAAUCUAGAUUAUAUUUAUAUUAUUUGAUAACGGUCGCUAUUUUUUAUACUUUACCUGCAGUACAGCUGUUAAUUACAUAUCAGCAUGUACUUCAUGUUACUGGCAAUCAAGAUAUGUGUUAUUAUAAUUUUUUAUGUGCUCAUCCAUUUCAAGCAUUAUCAGAUUUUAAUCAUGUAUUUUCAAAUAUUGGAUAUAUUAUGUUAGGUUUUCUAUUUAUAUUUUUAACAUCUUUCCGAGAACAUAAUGAAUUUGAUAAAGAAAAAAAUAAAUGUUAUGGCAUACCACAACAUUAUGGAUUAUUUUAUGCAAUGGGUACUGCACUUAUUAUGGAAGGAAUACUUUCAGGAAGUUAUCAUGUAUGUCCAAAUCGAAGUAAUUUUCAAUUUGAUUCAAGUUUUAUGUACAUCAUAACAGUAUUAUGCAUGAUUAAAAUUUAUCAAACUCGUCAUCCUGAUAUAAAUGCUCGGGCAUCAGUUACAUUUGCAAUGUUGGCAUUCAUUAUUUUCAUAAACUUGAUGGGAGUUUUGAAUGGCUCAAUAUAUUUUUGGAUUUUAUUUACAAUCACACAUCUAUUAACUUGUCUUUUUAUGACCAUUCAAAUUUAUUAUAUGGGACGAUGGAAAUUUAGAGCUUUGUUAACAAGAGUACUACAGAACUGUAAACAUGACGCCCGUUCUGGAAUUAGAUAUUUAUUUCGACCUUUGUAUAUAGGACGCUUUUUUAUGCUUGUUAUAGCAAAUUUAUGGAACAUUGCUCUCGCAGUAAUUGGAAAUAUAUAUCAAGAAAAAAAUUUUGCCACGUUUCUAUUAGCCAUAUUAAUGUCUAAUUUAAUUUUAUAUACUACUUUUUAUAUUAUUAUGAAGGUAUAUAUAUACAUAUAUAUAUAUAUAUAUAUAUAUAUACGAAUAAUUAUAUUUAUAUUUAUUAUUCUUAUAUUACGAAUUAAUAUAUUUUUAACAUUUCAGAUUUGUCAUAAAGAACGAAUUCUACUUCAACCAUGUAUUUAUAUUGUUUUAUCAAUUAUAUUUUGGGCCGCUGCUUUAUAUUUUUUUAUAAACAAAACCAUUUCAUGGGAACUUACUCCAGCUCAAUCACGUCAUUAUAAUAAACCCUGCGAAUUCUUACACUUUUUUGAUAGUCAUGACAUUUGGCAUUUUUUAUCUGCUUUAGCAAUGUUUUUUUCAUUUAUGGUACUGCUUACUCUAGAUGAUGAUUUAAUAGAUGUACAUCGAAGUCAGAUACCAGUCUUUUAAGGACAAUGACGAUAAUAAACGAAGAGAAUAUUGAGAAUUUUUUUUAUGUCUCUAACGAUAUGACUGCAUGUAAUAUACAUUUGAACUUGAUAUCAAUGAAUUAAAAAUAGUAUAAAAUAUAUGUGUAUAAAGAUCAUUUAGCAACUAUUUUAUAUUAAAUGCCUUAUUUUCGUUAAAUAUUCAAGUUCAUAAAAUUUUUUAUUAUCUAUCCCUUUAU